AUGUCAGGCCUCAUGUUGAUUGUCCUUCGACACACCUUGUCCCUGAACUGCUGCUACGCCGAAACCAACGAACAUCGCUAUUCAUCGACAAACCGACAAACCGCUAUGGAACCUACACCUACUAGGAAACGAGACAAGUUCAAAGGAUGGUUCAAGUCUUUAACCCCUUCCCGUGGAAGUUCUAGGGCGCCAUCGCCCUCUCCCUCCGGUCAGAGGGGUUCCAUGGACAACAGAAGCCAAGGAAUCAUUGGCAGCACUGGCCUCGCUAUUGCUAUUGCCCAACCAAAAGCAUCCACGACUAUUGAAAACCCUGCCGCGAAUUUCGGUACAGCCCAAGGCGCCGCUGUGGCCAACCCUAUUCCACAACUCCAGGAGCCAUCGGCAGCGGCGAGCGCUCAAGAUCAGCCAACCGACGUCGAGAAUCAAGAUCAUUCGGACAGCGCUGAGAGAGGAAUGGAGAUCCAGGAGGGGUCUUUGACCGCAAGCACUCAGCAGCCAGAGAUCUCCACCAUCGGUACCGGCCACGACGUCAAGGAGAAGACGGGUGCCACCAACACGGGGAUCCAACAGCCAGUUGGAACCACCGGUACUGCUCCAGGCGACCGACUGGCCGCUGCUGCGGACGAUGCCAAGGACGCCGGUCAAUCGACCUGGCAAGACUCGACGGCCUUCAAAUCGGUCAAGGUCGUCGUUGAUGGACUCGUGAUCGCAUCGGAGGCCUUUUCGCCGUUGAAGGUUCCGGCGUUGCUGCUACAGAAAAUCUUGGAGAAUGUCGAAAUGCUCAAGGGCAACGCGGAUCUCGCCAGGGAGCUGGCUUCCAGGCUCGAGAUUAGCCUGGCACUCACCAUGGAAGGGAAACUCAAGAUGUUGGACGAGAAGAUUGAGAAGGCCGGUCGAAAACGCAGCCUCCCUGGACGGUUCGCUUUUGCCAAGGAUGAAGAAGACGAGUUGAUGGACAUCGCGAGGGAGAUCAACUUGGCUAUCGAGGUUGCAGUGACAGAUCCUUCGGGUAGUUCGGGAUAUUGGCUGGUGGAAGAAGGUCUGCGGGCCUCGUCUCGGAUGAUGGAAGGGAUUAAUCACUUGGUUCUGAAUGAUAAGCUGGGAAAUGUGAAGCGGGCUGGCUUUGGGCAAGAUGAGCUUGGUCGACCGGGCUGUACACCAGGCACGCGCGUUGCGUUGCUUGCUGACCUGCUGGGAUGGGCUAAAAAGGUUCACUCGCCACACCUUUUCUGGCUGAACGGGGUCGCUGGGACGGGCAAGUCGACCAUAGCCGAGAGCUUCAGUGCCCAACUGCAUGACCGGAAAAUGCUGGGCGCAAGCUUUUUCUGCUCGAUCAAGGUCGACGACCGCAAGGACGCCCAGCUCAUCAUUCCCACUCUUGCGAAAGCUAUGGCGAGAUCAAACGCACAGUUCCGCGAAGCGCUGGAUGCCGUUCUCGAAUCGUGCGACGACCCAACGGCGAUGAAGCUUGCGGACCAAUACCAGAAGCUCAUUCUCGAACCGGCUGCGAGCGCAUUCAAACACACCUCGACCACCAUCGUCGUCGUUAUCGAUGCCCUCGACGAGUGCGACAAGGAUAAAGCGACCGAACUCCUCCUCAGGGCGAUCAUCGCCCAGAAACCUUCCGUGCCUCUCAAGUUCUUCGUCACCAGUCGCCCGGAAACUGCCAUCAGAGAGACGUUCGACACUUCGGCCGUACAUGGCCUUGUUCGCCUCCACGACAUCGAGCGGGACAUUGUCCAGGCCGACAUCUUCGCCUUCGUUGUCCACAGUCUGUUCCAGAACAGUGCCAUUCGGAAGAAGUACGGCUCGCGUUGGCCCCCGCCCGAGGUUCAGAAGAUUGCGGCUCAAGCAGGUCACCUAUUCAUCGUUGCUGCCACCAUGGUCAAGUACAUUACGACUCGAACCGGCAACCCUGUUCAGCGACUGGAGAAGUUAGCAAGUGCUGAAAGACCACCCCUCUCCUCCAUUGAUGAACUCUACAGCCGCGUUCUCGAGGAGGCAUUCAGCGAGCUCGAUGAGGACGAGGCCCAUGUCACGCACCUUUGCCUUUCGCUCCUUGUCACGGCGCUGCGCCCACUUUCGGUGAACGACUAUGCCCGUCUUCUACCUAUUGCCAUCACGCCGGAUGGGGUUCGGGUAGCUUUCGUUGCCCUUCACUCUGUGGUUCGGCUGCCAGACGAGAACAACGACGAUGGUACUAUCUCCAUAUACCAUGCCUCGUUCGUCGAUUACUUAACGUCCGCCAAGCAACACGGACUACGGUGGUUUGUCGACACAACUGCUGCACAUUCUACCGUCGCGGAGGCAUGCACUGAGCUCCUCAGUUCCCAGCUGUGUUUCGGCAUCUCGGGCGCAGUAACGUCGUACAAAAGCAACGACGAACAGCCCAAGCGAUUGGCGCUUCCGUCCGAGAUGGUGUAUGCAUGCACUGCGUGGGUCGACCAUGUUUUGCGUGCGGGUGUCCCUCCAUACCUACAAGCGCUGAUGAAGACGUUGUUGAAGGACAAGUGGCUGUUCUGGCUGGAGGCUCUGGGUGUGGAGAAGCAAGUUGGGUAUGUUCAGUCUCUGUGGAAGGUAGCUGAGGACCCCUCGGUUACAACAGAUGCAGACUUCAAGACCUUGCUGAAGGAGAUUGCCAACUUUGCAUAUGCAUAUGUGACCCCCGUAAACCACAGCACCCCACACCUCUAUCUCUCUGCCAUCCCCUUUGCCCUGACAUCCCCAUCAUUUGCGGCUCUAUCUAUCUCUGGUUUUCCAUGCCUUCCGACUAUCCAUCCCAGCCAGUAUCACCAGACUAGCCGGACACUAUUGGCCAUACCCAGCCAACAUGGGAAGGUUGAAUCUGUUGCAUAUUCUCCAUAUGGCCGGUCUGUUGCUGCAGGCUGUGCAGAUGGAGCUGUUGUGGUCUUCAAUGCAGAUACUGUUGCCUUCUCCCCUGAUGGGUCCUGCAUUGCCUCUGGAUCCUGGGACAACACCAUCCGCAUCUGGGAUGCUCACUCAGGGAAGGCCCUCCUUGAGCCCAUGCAGGGGCACACUGACUGGGUCACAUCAGUUGCCUUCUCCCCUGAUGGGUCCCGCAUUGCCUCUGGAUCCUGGGACAACACCAUCUGCAUCUGGGAUGCUCACUCAGGAAAGGCCCUCCUUGAGUCCAUGCAGGGGCACACUGACUGGGUGACAUCAGUUGCCUUCUCCCCUGAUGGGUCCUGCAUUGCCUUUGGAUCCCAUGACAACACCAUCCGCGUCUGGGAUGCUUACUCAGGGAAGGCCCUCCUUGAGCCCAUGCAGGGGCACACUGACUGGGUGACAUCAGUUGCCUUCUCCCCUGAUGGGUCCCGCAUUGCCUCUGGAUCCCAUGACAACACCAUCCGCAUCUGGGAUGCUCACUCAGGGAAGGCCCUCCUUGAGCCUAUGCAGUGGCACACCAACCCAGUGACAUCAGUUGCCUUCUCCCCUGAUGGGUUCCGCAUUGCCUCUGGAUCACGUGACAACACCAUCUGCAUCUGGGAUGCUCACUCAGGGAAGGCCCUCCUUGAGCCCAUGCAGGGGCACACUGACUGGGUCACAUCAGUUGCCUUCUCCCCUGAUGGGUCCUGCAUUGCCACUGGAUCCAAUGACAAAACUGUUCGGAAUUGGACUUUACACCCUUCUCCAAACUCCUCUCUCACAGCCACCCAGAUUUUCGCCCACCAUUAUCCCUUCCUUAGCCUCCGGAUGGGCAAUGACGGAUGGAUAAGAAACCAGUCUGGUGAUCUCCUCCUAUGGGUUUUACCUAAGUAUCGCGGCAAGGGGUCAUUCCCAGGACUGCACAGGGUCAUCGGAAAUGCUCCCUACAUUGACAUUGAGCUUACCAAUGCCAUUUGGCAUGGUGAGCAUUGGAAGCAGUGUCGUGAAUCCAUCCCCGAUUCUGCUCACAAGCGCUGGCCGUGGCCCGCCACCCACAACUCCCUGCCCCUGUCAUAA